AUGAAGCUUUUAGUUGUUAUUUCAGCCUUUAUGGCUCUUUCAUUAACUGUCAAUGCCGCACCAAUGGGUUUAGAAAAAAGACGAUUCGGUCAAGAACAUACUCCCGCAGCUGAUAAAACUUUCCAAGAUGUUAAAGAUCUCGCUCAAGGUACUGAAAAUGAGGCCGAGGCUGGAAAUUUAUCGGGCGCUAUGGUUAGGGCACUUUUAGCUAAAGCUCCCGCAUGUGAUCAACAAGAUCGUGCUGAUGAAAUUAUUGAUCUUUCUGAAAGAAAUGGCAUUAAAGGCACGGCAAAACAACAACAACUUAUUGAAGUUGCCAAAACAUAUCGACAACUUGAACGCAAUACUCCUAAUGCUGGUCAACCAUCCGAACUUUGUGACAAAGCACCAAGACACAGUGAGCUUGAUGGGUUAACGCAAGCCCAAGAUCCAACUGGCGCUAAAGGAAAUAAUCCUAAAGGUGAUAAUCCUAAAGGUGAUAAUCCUAAAGGAGAUGAUCCUAAAGAUGAUCCUAAAAAAAAGAAACCUAAAAAAGAUGAUAAAAAAAAGAAACCUAAAAAAGAUGAUAAAAAAAAGAAACCUAAAAAAGAUGAUAAAAAAAAGAAGCCUAAAAAAGAUGAUCCUAAAGGAGAUAAUCCUAAAGGAACUGAUCCUGCUGAUCCUCAAGAUCAAAAUGUUGCAGAAACAAAUCCUGUUGGCGGAGUUGCAAUGCCAAAGAUACAAAAUGUUGGCGGGGAACGUCCAUUUGUAGUUAAUGGAGAUUCAUUUGUCAAUAUUGGAGCUGCUCACACUCGUCAAUGCGACGUUCAACAUAAUUUAUGUUUCAAUAAGUUUAACGGUGGUGAUAGGAGUUUCUCGGGUCAAGAUUGUGAUGCACAAAAUGAAAAUUGCAAAGCUGGCCCUCCAGUUCUCGAAUAA